UCCCAAACGACACUUUAUAGGAAGCACUUUUGGCACUGUACACUCUCUUCUCUACUCACAAACACUUCACAGUCAAGAUGCAGAGUCUGGCUGCGUUCUGCUGUGUCAUGCUCCUUCUGGUUGAGGAGCCACUUGGAGGGACAUGUGAAGACCACGGAACUGCCAGCAGCUACGAGUGUGGACCCGCUGACCAGGCCGUAUGCUGCGAAGACAAAGUCCACUGCUGCCCCGCGGGCAGCCAGUGCGAUGUCCAACGCUCCAUCUGCGUCUCCCAGGAGGAUGGCAAGGCGACGCCGAUGUGGGACAAGCCUCCCGCUGACUGGGAGAACCAGCCAGCUCAUAUCGCCUGUGAUGACAAAGUCCAUUGCAAAGGUGGCACCACAUGCUGUAAAUCCGCAAAAGGCACUUGGUCCUGCUGCCCUCUACCAGAAGCGGUUUGCUGCAGUGAUUUGAAACACUGCUGCCCUCGAGGUCACACAUGUAACUUGGCCGCUCAGACUUGCGAUUUGGAAUGGCGCUCGGUGCCCUGGUUGGAGAAAGAGGCCGCGGCUCCGAGGCUGCGGGAAAAGGAAGUGAGGUGCGACAGCAAGCACACUUGUGCUGACAGCUCCACCUGCUGUAGGACCAAAACAGGAGCGUGGGGAUGCUGCCCUCUGCCUCAGGCCGUGUGCUGUCCUGAUGGCAACCACUGCUGCCCCACGGACUACACUUGCGACGAGCAGCUAGCCAAGUGUGUGAAAAAGGACGUGACGGUCCCUUGGUAUCUCAAACUUCCGGCCAGCGCAUCCUCCGCGCUCCCGCAGCAGACCCUCGCCGCCGCCGUGAAGCCGAUGUUCGUGCAGUGCGACGACGAGAGCCUCUGCAAAGACGGACAGACCUGCUGCAAGAUUUCGCCCACGGACUGGGGAUGCUGCCCUCUUGCCAACGCGGUGUGCUGCCUUGACAUGAAGCACUGCUGUAUGGUCGACUACACGUGCACCGCGAGCGGCCAGUGCAUUAUGAAUGAGCUUCCCUGACUUAUGUUCCGCACUAAAGACAACAAGGAGCAGCAGCACGACAUUGCGUGAAGGACUGCACUUUCUUUUUACUACAUGCAAGGCCUAUUUGAAACCAUUAGAGAUAAUACAGUCGUAGUCACUGAUGAACUGUGGUUGAUGUCCUGAUUGUUGUCUGAUCAUAAAAGAUGCAACAUGA